AUGUCGACUAUAGAGGAACUGGCGACGAAGCCGGCUAUGCCGGCUCCUGACGGCCAAGAAACCGACUUUAAUCAGCAUACGGAAUACCCAAACAUCCUGCUUGGCUCUUUUGUUGUGUCUUACUUCUUGGCCACGCUAUUUCUUGCCUUGCGCCUCUACACGACAUCUGCGAUUGUGAGACGAUUCGACCUCGACGAUGGGCUCAUUAUUCUGGCCUGGGGUCUAUCAGGCGCCUACUGUAUUAUCAUGUGUAUUUGCCGCAAAUUAUUUGAAGGUGACUACCGGCUCGAAACCACGUCGAAAAUAUCAAACAUGGACUACGCUAACCGGCUGGACUUGAAGCUCCUCGGACCGAGUAUGAUGACCUACUCGUGGUCAGUCUCGAUCGCCAAACUUGCGAUGCUGGCUCUGUAUCACCGAAUCAAUACCGACCUUAUGUACCGCAUCGCAAUCUACGCGACGACAUUAUCGAUCUUUGGGUAUCAGAUUGCCUUUACGUAUCUCUUUACCGGACCUUGCGAGCCAGCGAAUUCGGGCGCUGGAGAGUGCCUCAACAAGGGGGCCAUCGCCCAGGUCAUCCUCAACAUCGCCUUCGAUAUCAUCGUCAUCCUUAUCCCGAUACCUACGAUAAUGAGUCUAAAGAUGCCACGGAAGCAGCGAGGUCUUGUGAUUAUGAUACUGGGGUUGGGUUCUGGAGCCGCCGUCGUCUCAGCCGUCAAGGUGUGGUGGGUCAUGAAGAUGAUUGACAACCCCGACAUGACCUACACGCAGGGCCAGGCGACCAUCCUGACCAUCUGGGAGGCCAACGUCAGCAUCUGGUGCAACAACCUCGUCCGCCUCAAGCCCUUCAUCCGCCGCAACAUGCCCCGGCUGUACGCCCUCAUCGACUCGACGGGCAAGUACGGCAACAACUACGGCGGCAACUCGCGCAGCGCCGCCGCCGCCACCGCGUCCGGGCUGCGGCCCUGGGAGAAGGGGAGGAAGGACGCGUCCAACUGCGAGCUCUCGGCCAUCCGCAAGGGGGGGAUACCCCUCGGCUCGAGCUCAGACCUGACCAAUGGCAAUCCGGAAUGGAUCACAGUCACCACCGACUACGCGGUCGACGUGGAGGACGGCAAGGCGAAUAGCACGAAUGGUGCGGAGGCGCAAAGCAAGAGCUUCAUCUCACGUUAG